AUGUCAAACAAGCGAAAGGAAUGGAGACCGCGAGGGCCACGGGAGAACACCACCGAAAACGGGGAGAGUUCAAGUCAACAGAGUAACCGUAUUCCUCACAGACCUGUCAACAACCAACAACACUAUAACGGGCAACAGCACCAGCAACAACACCAAGCACAAGCAAGGACGCAACAGCACCAAAACCAGCACCAUGGAGAGAGAAUCAACCAGGCCGCACCAGUGAUCCGAGCUGUUGUAGUUGCACUUGAACCUGCAGCAAGCUCAGCCUCGCAGGACCCAGUUGUCAGAGAUAUACCGGGAUUCUACUAUGACCUUGAAAAGAAAAAGUACUUCAAGAUCACGGCAAACCAUACCCUUGGUGGCCAGUUCGCGUUCAGCCAGCAGAGCAUCAAGGAAAAGUCCUCUAAGAAGCCAACACUCGAACCUAUCAAGAAAUACACCAGCACUCGAUUUCCUACAUCGACGACACGAUAUGGCCGCUUGGAUUGGUUUCUUCAGGAUCGGCGGCUUGGGUUAGCCGGAAGCCCUCGUAGGCAGCUAUGCCACAUGCAUGAAUUGAUGGUCAAGCAGUGGCGCAGGAGCAAGCGAGCAGAACCGGUUCUUGCAGAAAAUGGCGCCGUUUAUACUCAUCUGCAGAUACACAUUCUCAAUGGAUGCGGCUUGAUUCGCGAGAAACGUCUGAACUCACGUCGCUUCAUGUCACACGAGACCAGGAACAUGGGUCGAUCGGGAGUCCUCAGAGUGCAAAAGAGCUUUGCAGACACGAGUUCAGGAUCUAUAACGGGCGAGAGUGGGCCGUGGCAUGCUGUACUAGAGUACUCGCCCAAGAAGUCGAAUGUAUGGACAAGCGAACUCGCCGCGGACAGGAUAGUGAUCGGAGCAGACAAGGCUGUUAUUGCGCUGCAGGAUUGGAAAUCAGGCAGACCUACUGUUACUUCACUAUGGACUGGUAGUGAUGUCUUCUCAGUUGCGAUGGAGCCACCUCUGGGACGACAGAAUCUUGUCUAUGCUGGCUGCAGGAACGGACGGGUCCGAAUCUUUGAUCUUUCACAGCCUAAUGUGGCAGCACUAGCAAUAGCAGAGUCCAAGAAGGACAAGCGGUCAACAGCGUUGUUUCGAGGAAUUGGUCAUAAGGAGUCGUCGGUUCUGGGUAUGAAACGAGUCGGGGACCACUACCUCGUCACGUCGGCCAUGAACGGAGAAAUCCUUAUGUGGGACACCCGAUUCGUGGGUAGCAGCCAGCCGACUGGGGCUUCGCCGGAGGGUACGUUUGCGAAGCCUGUAAUGGACUUUCGUGGACCAAUCCAGGACCAGUUCUCAAAGACGCUGUUUGACAUCAAUGCGGGAGAGACACUUUUGGCGGCUGAGAAUAUCGACCAGCGGAUCUCGUUGUGGUCUUUGAGUACUGGUGAUAGGAUUCGUGAUUUGAAGGUUAAUGGAAGCGUCGGUUGUCUUCAGUUCGCGCCUGGACAGCAUGGGAUCUGGACAGCUGUCGAGGACCAAGUUCAGUUCUGGGGGUUGGAUCCAUAG